GUGGAAAAUGCGGAGAUCUCGCGCGAUUUCCCGGAUCUGAUAAGAUAUGAUUUGUCCGACCCCGAUCCACACCGGCAUCAUUGUGGUCGCGCCAAAACAUGGCCUCCUUGGGUCCGGGUGGCACGCCCCUUAGUCAAUUCACCAGGGAAAUUGGAAAUUCCGAUCUCGGCCGCAACUUGGAUGCGCGAGAUUUAUUUUCGUGCUCUUUAAUUCGUGGUUCUUUCCCAAAUAGGCGACAGUGGAGUUUCAGCAGCUGUCUAGAAAACCUGCACCAAAAUCAUUUCAACAUGUGAUUCUUAUAAGGAGGGGAUCUCGCGUAGCGAACUGCAGGAACUUUCUCACCCUCUCUCUAUAUCCAUAGAAAUGCCGUACAAUUCCCGGCACCUCUGCGUCGUGUCGAUGCAUCUUCUACCAGUGCCUGCCACCGAGUCCGUCCAGACUACGAUCAUGUCCGACGCCAGGGGCCUACAAUCGUGCCAUUUGCCGUCUUCAUCGAGCCCCUGUACCGAUCUGUUACAGUAUUGGGCAUACCCGCCGUCUUAUUCGGAGGUCCAGGGCACGGUUGACAUUGCGGACUGAUAAACCCUGUCCAGCUCGGAGCUUUGGAUCUUUGUCAAUUCCUUGGCCUCUUUCUCCUCAUCUCCAUUCCUCCGAACUGAAUGUGGCGCUCAUAAUUCCUUGUAUAUAGGCUAUAUUUUUUGUAGUAUUACUUUGUGCCACUCGUGUAGUAGACUCAAUAGCUUGAUGAUACAGAACGAAUACGAGACUCGUUUCUGGAGAUCCUCCUAGAGUCCACAUAGGCGCUAAUAAAUGGG